UAAUUAAGGCGUCCACCUGAUUGGGCGGCCAGCGCCGUCCCAACAGGCGAGGCUUCGCCAUAAGAAGCUCCGCGGCGAGAUAAUGAGGUAAAAAGGCUCCCCCCGUCUGUGGCGGCGGCGGCGGCGGCAGGCGAAGGCGAGCAGCGAGCGCGGCGGUGGCUGCUGCUGCUGCUGCUGCUGCUGCCGCCUCUGAGCCGGCCUCCCUGCCUCUGGCUCCGGCUCCGGCGCGCUCUCUGGCCGCCUCGCUCGCCCCUUCUGGAUGGAGCCUCGUCGCCGGUACCUCUGGCAGGCGAAGCGCAGCCAGGCCGGCCACAGCCACGGCUCCAGAGGCUCGCUUGGCGCGCCCGAUGCCUGCUGAGCCCUUCGCAGGCUGAGAGCGCAGGCGGGCACGGCGCGGGAGAGAGGCUGGCUUGAGCGGCCAGCAGAAGGAGGGCGGCCGGCCAGUUGGCCGGCCAGGAGCCUCUCUCGGAGCGGGGAGCCCCUCGGCUUGGCCCCAGGCGAGCCCCGGCCCGGCGGAGAGGAGGGAGGAGGAGGAAGAGGAGGCGGCGGAGGAGGAGGAGGAGGGGCGAAGAGGAGGAGGAGGAGGAGGCGGGGAGCCCGGCGGCGGCGGCGGCGGCGGGGAGCAUGGAGAGGGCGCUGAGCCUGGCUGCCGAGGAGGACCUCUUCCACAAGCGCCUGGGCGCCGCGGCCAAGAGGAUGGAGUCCGCCUUUCGCUCGCCCCCGGGCCUGGAGCUGGCCGCCCACCCGCCGCCGCCUGCCCGCCAGGCGCCCUCGCCCCUCGGCUGCUACGAGGCGGCCGAGUCGGAGGCGCUGCUGCGGGAAGGCGCGGCAGGGGCGCUGGGAGGCGGCGACCCGCUGGGCAUCAAGUUCGGGGCGGGCGGGACCGGUCGUGGCUCGGUGGCCGAGAGCAGCGGCGGCGAGCAGAGCCCCGACGACGACAGCGACGAACGCUGCGAGCUGCUGCUGCGGGGCGCGACGGGCGCCCUGCUGAAGGGUCCCGAGGGCGGCGGCGGCGGCGGCUCCAACAGCCAGCACGGCGGCGUGGUGGUCGUCGGAGGCAAGAAGUCCAAGGAGCAGAAGGCGCUGCGCCUGAACAUCAACGCCCGCGAGCGGCGGCGCAUGCACGACCUGAACGACGCGCUGGACGAGCUGCGGGCCGUCAUCCCCUACGCGCACAGCCCCUCGGUGCGCAAGCUCUCCAAGAUCGCCACGCUGCUGCUGGCCAAGAACUAUAUCCUCAUGCAGGCGCAGGCCCUCGACGAGAUGCGCCGCCUCGUCGCCUAUCUCAACCAGGGCCAGGCCGUCUCGGCCACCUCGCUGCCUGGCUCGGCGGCCGCCGCGGCCGCAGCCGCAGCCUUGCACCCAGCGGCGCUCGGGGCCUACGAGCAGGCGGCCGCCGGCUACCCCUUCAGCGCAGGCCUGCCGCCCGCCACGUCGUGCCCGGAUAAAUGUGCCCUUUUCAACAGCGUCUCGUCCAGCCUCUGCAAACAGUGCACCGAGAAGCCUUAGAGAGGCGUCGAGCGACACUCGCGGCCGCCCGCCCGCUUGCCUUCUCGGAGACGCGAACUCCAGCCCGAGCCUGCCUGCCCCCUUUUCCCUGGCAGGACUUCUGCUGCAGCCGCCCUGAGGAGGGGGGUGGGGGUGGGGGUGCUACUGGGGCAAAGGGGGGGGAUUUGCGCGCAACUGAAACCUCAGCGAAGAGUAAUACAUACGCAGAACGAGACUCGCAUUUGGGGGGUAUGUUCUUUGGUAAGUGUGAACAAAACGAGAGAGGGAGGGAAAUCCCCUGCGCCCCACCGGCUUUCUUGACACCUCCAAGUAUUGGGAACUUUUCUCGAAGUCCAAGAAAAGAGGGGGGGGGGCUGUGACUGGCCUCGCAGGAGGAAGCGAUGAAAAGGAAGCCAUGGGGGUGGUCAACUCAGACGAAUCAAGAAGGGCACUUAAAAAGUUUUUGUUUAAUGUUUUACUUUUUGUUGUUGUUCAGUUUGGGUUUUUGCUUCUGAGCCAAGAAACAAGCAGACUUGAAAUGUAGACUUUGUGAGUUUAGACACGCGGAAAAAGAAAUGUUCUGAAAAUACUUGCAUUUUAAAACGUCCUCUGAACUUUUGAGCCUGUGAAAAUGCGCAAAAGUUUUGGUGGAGAGUGAGCUUACAAAGAGGAGGCAUUCUCCUUAUGAGUGUGGAUGAAGUCAGGCAGGUUUAUUAUUAUUAUUAUUAUUACUUUUUAAAGAUGUGCACCUUGUUUCUUUUUUCUCUUUACAAACCUGUGUGCAAGAAGACAUGCUAUUUAUUUCAAUGACCCUUCCACGCCAAGAAUAGUCAUCCUGUGUUAAGGUCAUGGGAUCUUAGGUGUUUCUUUUCCUCCUCCUUUUUUCAAUGCUUCUGAACAUUCCCAAUAACUUGUGCCAAGUGUUUAAAGCGUUGAUUUGCCAAGGACAUUAUGAACCAGAAAUCUUGAUGUAUCCGAGCUGUUGAGGCUUAUGAAGGUCAUCUGGAUUUUUGCAUCAUCCUGUAUUUAUAAAUUGAGCUUUAAUAAAUCGCUUCAGUCCAAAAAUGACAGGAGAGGUGUAUUCUUAAUUGCUUAAUAAGCUGGGCUUCUGGGGCCUAGAAACUCUGCGCAGCGCGAAGGGGUCCAUCCAUGUAUGGAGCUGUGAGAUGUGAUGGAGAAAACCAAGAUGCUUCCCCCCAGCCCCGCGUGAACUUGGGGAGUUUUCAACUAUACAGAACGGAACCUCUUCUGUCCCGAGGUGUCAGCUGUUGUUUCACACAUUUCCCGCCCAAUUAGUGAUACGAGGCUGAGAAGUCAAGGAAGAGUCGUUCCCCCCCAGCCCCCCAGGAAGAUUUCAGAUGGAGUUUGUGUGAGGACCUCUUUGCCUUCCUUAAGCAGUCCGCAACCCAUUUAAGUUUGGGGUUAGGCGGAGUACUUGCUGACCCCCAACCUGGUUAAAUCGAAAUUGGUUAGGUUACUUCACAUCCUCAUUGCGUCAACUUGGGAGUAAGUCUGGCUUUCAGUUUCGAUGUUCAUCCGAGUAAGAGUGCUUUGAAAUCUAUUUCAGACCAACAGGAUUGUGGACCAGGCAGCUGGUCCCUGCUGGAAAUCCUAUUUAAUUUCAUGCAAGUUCUGUCCAAGGAGAAAGUGUGUCUGUUUCAGGGUCUCAGCUUUAAAUAUCUGCCUUUAAACUUAAUUGGGCUGUGGCUGGGAUUGUCUGUCCUGGACGGAUUAGUGGGCCUGGAGUCCCGGCACUUGGGCAGAACUGGACUGUGGCUCAGGCUGUCAGUGAAGUGUAAAUCUGAACAUCUAUCCAUCCCCCCCCCCCCCCGCGCCCACCUUCGACCAAGGAAGCCUGCUAUUUCCUACUACUUGCUGAUCAUCCAAAUUCAGCCUGUCAUCUCUGGAUGGCGAAAUGAGAACCGUGAUGGAUCUGUGGCCAGGUCAUGGGUGUGCAAAGAGUGAUAUAUAUUAAAUAGGUCAAUCAGAUGAUGACAGCGAUGUAUGGUGGUUUGUACGUGUAUCUAUGUCGGAAAGUAUCUUUAUUAAAAAUAUUUUGAACAAA